UUGCUGAAAGGGAUCGGCCUCAGCCAUCCCUUUUAUUUUUUCCUGUCCCUUCUACCUCUUCAAAAUCAUUUUUCUCAAUAUAAAUAUAUUUUUUGAUAUGUUGUGAAAAAAAAAGGAAAUCAUAUUUUUUGUGUGCAAGGCAAUCAUCUUUAAUCCCGGAUUUAAACAAAACUGUACCAAUCUAUUUUACACUAUUGUUUCUGUGCAUUUUAUUUUUCCUUUUGGAAUCUUUUAUGAACGCGUUUUGCAUGCAAUACCGACAUUAUAAAGAACCCAGGUCGUGCUGUGGAAACCAGAAACCAUUGAUCUCUUCUUGUCCUUGAUUGAACUUUUAUAUUAAAAAAAAAAAACGCUGCAGAUCUCCAUCUUGCACACUGUUUUAUUCAUGCAUCUAAUGCGCUCCAAUAUUUUUCUAACGCAUAUUUGCUGCUAAUGCAAUCCGCUGUAAAUGAAUAGCUUCUUACUUAAUACUAUAUAGAAUAUAUAUAUUUUUCUGUCUAUUUUUUCCCCCUGCUACAAACGCCAUCUACAGUCAAAAACUAAGACAACUUUGUUAUUGUUACAGUUAAAGUCUAGUCGCAGCGUUAUCCUACAAGAAAAGAAAAAUCAACUAAAACUGAAAAACUGACACUGCUGGAUUAUUGGGAAUAUUUUUUUUUGUUGAAUUAUUUUUUUUGGAAAUACAUAUAAAAGAAAUAUAUUCAUAAUAAAGUAUAUAUAUAUUUUUGUAGCAAGUUGAUAGUUCUGGUCUCGUGUAUCUGGAUAGAACGUUGAGGUGUCGAUGUUCUAGAAGUGUUACUGUUCACGGUUGCACAUCAUUCUUAUCUCCCAUACAAAGAACAACGUUGUAUGCACAUUUGAUCCUGGAGCUAACCCUCGGCAGUCGAUCUCAGCCAGGCCGGCUGCAGCUUUGUUCAAGAAAACUUCCUUUAUUUUAAAGCUUGACUGCAUAUAACUAUUUAAUUUGCAUUAAAUCACAUUAUUAUUAUUUUUUUUGCACAAACAUUUCUGUUGAUUAGAUCUGUUAAACAAUAACCACCUUCCAAGCACAAGAAAUCCGAGCCCUUGUUUUGCUGUGCUCACAUACUAAUGAACAUACAAAGGUCAAACCCUAUUACAAUUGCAAGGUAUGGGAGAUCGAGGAAUAAAACACAGGAUUUUGAAGAAUUAUCAUCCAUAAGGUCUACAGAACCCAGCCAGAGUUUCAGCCCAAACCUCGGUUCCCCAAGUCCCCCAGAGACUCCCAACUCGUCGCAUUGCGUUUCCUGCAUAGGGAAAUACUUAUUGUUAGAGCCUCUGGAGGGAGACCACGUUUUCAGAUCUGUACAUCUGCAUAGUGGAGAGGAGCUGCUUUGUAAGGUUUUUGAUAUUCGCUGCUAUCAGGAGUCACUGGCACCCUGUUUUUGUCUACCUAUACACAGCAACAUUAACCAAAUAACUGAAAUAAUUCUUGGAGAAACUAAAGCUUACGUAUUCUUUGAAAGGAGUCAUGGGGACAUGCAUUCUUUUGUUCGUACCUGCAAAAAGCUCAAGGAAGAAGACGCUGCAAGGCUGUUCUAUCAAAUUGUGUCGGCAGUAGCACAUUGUCACGAUGGAGGAGUUGUAUUGAGGGAUCUUAAACUAAGAAAAUUUGUCUUUAACGAUGAGGAAAGGACUAGAGUAAAACUGGAAAGUUUGGAGGAUGCAUAUAUUCUAGCAGGGACUGAUGACUCUCUCUCUGACAAGCAUGGAUGCCCAGCGUAUGUUAGUCCGGAAAUCUUGAAUACAAGUGGCAGCUACUCUGGCAAAGCUGCGGAUGUAUGGAGUCUAGGGGUGAUGCUUUACACCAUGUUGGUAGGUCGCUACCCAUUUCAUGACAUUGAGCCUAGUUCUUUGUUCAGCAAGAUCCGUCGUGGACAGUUUAACAUUCCAGAGACAUUAUCCCCCAAAGCGAAAUGCCUCAUACGUAGUAUACUUCGUAGAGAGCCAACAGAGAGGCUCACAUCUCAAGAAAUUCUGGACCAUCCAUGGUUUUCAACAGAUUUCAAUGCGUUGAGCUCAGGAUAUGGUGCUAAGGAAAUGCCGGAUCAACUGGUGCCUGAUGUGAACAUGGAUGAGGGUACGGACCCUUUCUUUAACUGAGCACAAAAUUUGUUUCUUUUUGGUACUUGAGCUAAACAUGGCCACAUGAAGGAGUCCUUCCUGACGGUAUUAUUCAAAAUCUGUAUUGUCCUAGUUCAGUAGCAUAUAAAUGCUACACUGGGCUCCUUGGUUUUGAGAAGAAGUCUGUAAGGAACUGUCAUACACCUGUAGCAUUGAAGCUGCUAUCAAGUUAGUUUUAUUUUAAAGAAAAUCCAUGUGGAACAAUUGUAGCUUCUAACCAUAUGGAGCCAAGGAUACUGCACAUAGCUAAUUCCAGUGCAACUUUGUCACUCCUGUUAACAAACCAACUUAAAUGUUUUGCCCGUCACAUCUUGGCAUCGCACUGUUAGAUCUCUUCUGACCUUGAUCAGGGAAAAUUGAUUGGCUAUCCCCCUCUUUUUUUUUUUUUUUUUUGCUUCACACAUGAGUACUUUAAAAUUAACCAGUUUAGAUAUACUGACACACAAAGUGGGUGCUAAAACAAUUUCAUGUUGGAUUUUUAAUUUCUAAAUUUCCAAAAUUUGUUUCUCAAAUUUACAAACGUAAUAUUCUCUUGACAGUAAAUAACAUUUUAAUUUGUUCUCAAGGUUUCUCCACCCCCCCUCUUUUCUCUCUUCUAAAUAGUUUUAAUACCAGCUACUAUUUAAGACGUCAAGGCUCAUUAUUCCUUUCUUAUUGAAAGAGAGAUAUUACCUUUAAAAUUAUUAACAGGGUUAUUAUACUAGCUUCCAGAUUCACUGUUUUGCACUUACAGCUAGAGUAAGAAGCUGCAGCUUAAAAUCCCCCCUCCAUUUUUGUUUUAUUUUUGUUUGUUUUUUUACUACAAUGGGAUAUUUUAUUUUUUUUAAAAUCUCACUUUUUUUUUUUUUUUCUAGGGACAUUUUAUUUAGAAACUGACAACUUUCCAUUAACUUUCCCCACUACCUUACGUAAUUGCAUUGAAAUGCACCUUUUUGUAUGUUAAAAAAAAAUCUUAUUUAUUAAAGAAAAUGUCACAGUAGUGAUGUAAUAAGCCAGUACUUAAAUUUAAUUACGGGUUGAUAUAUACUGUUACAUGCUGUACUUAACACUUCAAUGUGUAUUUUGGUGUUUUCAGACACUUCUUUCCCAAGCUAACAUUCAUUAAAAAGCUUGUUUUGAUCUAAACUGGCAUUUUCCUUCCACUACUUCUGCAUUGCUCUAUAAUAAAACAGAGGCAUAAAUAUUUGUGUUUCCAGUACCUCAGUUGUUCUGAUUAUACUGCUUGUAUCGGUUUUGUGAAUCGGUCACUUUUUUGGGUAGGUACACGUAUAUUCUGUAAGUAUGUAAAUGUUACUUGAAUUUGUGCUUUAAUUAUAGUACGUGGCAUGUGCACACAGCUACUUGGCAUUUUGACUUUGGGACACUUUGCCUGCCCUGUGGGAAGUUUUGUUAAAAUAUUAUUUUUUAAUAACGGCUCUUGAUUUUGCAUUAAAAAAACAAAACCAACCUGCAGCUGACCUUGGUUCUAUUUUGGUAACUAAAAUAUGUGACAAUUGUACACUCAAAAGAUGGUGCUGUGUUCAGAAGGACCUACGUUGUGUGCUUUUUUUUUUUUUUUUCCCCCACUCCACCUUUUUGUUUCUCUCCCCGCCCCCAAGUACCUUGUUAAGAAGAAAGGCUGUUGAUAACAUGCAUGGUGGGGUAUUACUGCCUCUGGUGCUUUUGAAUGUUCUGUAUUGGUUUAAUGUUUUUGUCCUAAACUCUUCACUCUUCAAUAAAUUGUGCAUAUUUAACUAAA